ACAAGACAAUCAUUUUCUGCAAAUUCAAGGACGAAAAUCUGGUUUUUGCUGGUCUCUAAAACAUCAUGGCGAGCUUUGGUGACACGUUCUGGCUGGUGGUGGUGUCUGUGUUCUGGGGAGCGACAAACCCCCUGCUGAAGAGAGGCAGUGCCGGGAUCCAGGACAUCAGGAAGGACAGUGCCAUCUGGCAGUUUGUGGCAGAAUUGCAGUUUAUGGUCUGCAAUGUCAAGUACCUUGUUCCCUUCCUGAUCAACCAGUGUGGGUCUGUGGUGUAUUACCUCACUCUGGCAUCUGCAGAUAUCUCCCUGGCAGUCCCUAUCACCAACUCUCUCACCUUCCUCUUCACAACUCUGACAGGCAGUCUGUUGGGGGAGAAGGUGGGGAACAGAGAUACAAUCCUGGGGAUGGUACUGGUGUUAUUUGGAGUGUUCCUAUGUGUACUGGAUAAGACAUGAUACAUGUAGCUAUGGCCUGUUGGAGGAACAGUCAUCACAUUUUGUUCCUGUGGAACAUGACUGUAUUAUUCACCUUUCAAUAAAUAUCCCAUCACAAGCAAGAACCAUUGAUGCUCUGUUAAGAUAUUAAACACUUAGAAUAUCCAAUAGACCCCCAUUCCACCAGACAGCGAUCUCUGAGUGACUGUACAGUGUUCAAAAUUAGAUUUGUGUUACCCUUCACUUUGUACGUAAGAUGACGUUAUCCACACAUGUAUUUAGCUUUGUUAGAUCUUUAGUUAAGUUGUAGAAGACCAUACAAAAGUCUCUGUACUUUUUUUGGUGUGUCAAUAAAGAAUCUGUAUCUGCCAAGACAUGAUGACUUGUACCAACACAGACGAACUUUCAUGCUAACUUUUUAUUUCUUUACCACCUCACGGGGACAUUGAUGUAUUCUUCACUUUUCAAUAAUAUCAUAUCACAAUUAAUGUGCAGGAACAAUGGAUGCUCUGUUAAAAAAUAUUACUGACAAAUAAAAAAAACCUCACACAGACCCCCAUUCCACCAGACAGCGACUGUACAACGAUCAAAAUUAGAUUUGUGUGACUCUUGAUUUUGUUAUUGGAAUAGGAUAGACGAUGUUAAAAGUAUGAUAAGACAACAAUACACCAUGACAAACGUAACAAAAAUCGUUCUUUAUCUAUCUAUGAAAUUUUUGAGC